GGGAGAGUCACUGCCGAGGGUUUAAGAGCCGGAUGGACAGACAGACAGACAGACAGUGUGUGAGUGAGCCAACGUGCAUCCAUCAACGUGCCUGCCUGCCUGCCUGCCUGGAUGGAUGGAUGGAUGUCCGGAUACACACACGCAGUAGAGUCUCAAACCACACUGACUGACACUCUCAAGUGCAGCAGCAGGCAGCCAACCCACCAUGAGACACACACACACGCGUGUUGUCACUUCCUCGUGCGCUCUUCCGUCCGCCCGCCGCCCUCCACCACACGUGUGUAUUCUGAUCUGCACACACACACAGACACUGACACACCUCAGACAUCCCACCCACCCACCCCUCCCUCAUCUGUGUGCAUCUGACGUACGUCGUCCUGCUGCACACGAGAAGAGGCCGCCAAUGCCUGACGGAGCGGGCGGCGGUGGGGGUGGAGGGUGCGAUGGUGGGCCAGGGGAGGCUUGGUCGUCACACGCACCGGGGUGGAUGAGGCAGACGCACAGGUGGCACGAUGGAAGUCACGAAUUGACGGCACCUGAAAGAUACAGAGACAGAAAGUGUGCGCGUGUGCUUGUACGUGUGGGUAAGGGGGGGCCUUCGUUACGAAGUCAGGUCGUCGGCCUUCUCUUGGUGAGGUGUGGGGCGGUGUUGACGGCGCCUCGGAGCGGGGCUGGGCGAACAGCCUGCCGGACCAACCACCAAUGACGCAGACAAAGUGGUGUCUCCCUCUCCCACUCAGUCGACAUACCCGGUCAUCAUUUUGUGUUUGAUGCCUGCGAGGAAGGAUACGUCCGCCUGGCCCUGGCUGCUGCCGCCAGCACGGUCGUCCCGAUGAUGCUCCACCAACGUCCGACUGCACACACACAACACAAGCGAGGGAGAGCGAGCACGGCGUCAUUUUGUGCGCCUCUCUCUCCCUCCCUCCCUCCCUCCCUCGCCCACAGACAAACACCUACUUGCCCCUCCUGUGCGCCGUCUUGAGCCCCUUCCUGAUCAGCUCUAGCUUCUUCAACGUGUCGCGAGAUUGGUUCCAGCUGUUACAUAUCGAGGCAAGGGCAGCCACACCCACAUCCGGAUAGCCGUCAGCUCUGGGCGGUGUCGUGUCUUACUGACAAGGCGAUUUGCACUUCAUCGAACUGCGAUGCGAGGAUGUACAGGUCAUCGAUGUCGUCAUCCCCCAUCGCUGCUGCUGCUGGAUUGGUGUCUGUGGGAAGAGACUCCAUCUCGGUGAGCAACGAGCCCCUGAACGGACCGCCAGACGAUUGUAGAAGCAUGCAGCGAGUGUUCCUCUUUCCCCUUCCCUCUCCCUUGGUACGUGAAGUCAUUGGACAGUGCCGAUUGGAACGAGUCCACUUUGCGGCGCAGCUCGUCCACCGUGCCCAAAAUACUGAGACAACACACCAAGAUAUGGGUCUUAAGACAUGUGGGCUAUCUGCGGGGGAGGUGAGGUUUGUGUUGUGUGGGCUGUUCUGUACUCGUGUGUGUGUAGUUCGGUGACGUUGGACUUGAGGGAGUCGACCUGUGUCUUGAGGCUGGCCAUGGCACCAUUCAGGUACCUGUGUGGGCGAGAAAGAAGAUGUUCAGAGAAAACCCUCCCUCGUCAUGUGCUGGGCUGUGCUCACUCGGUCAUGUUGAUCCACUCGAUCUGCAUCUUGUCCACCAUAGAACGGUACUUGUCCGUCAACUUACGCUCCAAAUGCCUGCAGGCAGGGCAGACACAGAGGUUGGGGAGACAAACACAAACAACACCUCCGUGUGUCCGCCCUUGUUUGCUGGUGUGUACGCGUUGCAUACUUGAACUGCUCGGCGGUGAUGGUCCUGAGUUUGUCGUCUGUCUUUCUGACGUACUCUUUCACCGUCUCCUCCAUCUCGC